GCUUAAAUCACUGGAGCUGUGAAGCUCCUGAAAAACUCUCGACGACAUGGACGCCAUCCUGUCCCGCGUGGGCGACGCCGAGUUGCGGCAGCAUUGCGUCGAUGCGGUGCUUGGUGAGCUGAAACAGGUGGACAAUCAGGUACAAAAUGUAGUAUCAGCGCUGGAGCGAACACUUAAGGUGGUGCAGGCGUCUCGGGAUGUUCACAAGUCGCUGGUGCUAAACGCGUCUGAGCAGGUGCAGGCAUCUUUCCGCCAAUUGGGCGAGUCCUGCAACCAGAUCGGCCCAUUGCUGCGGCUUCUGUAUCGCAAUAUGAGUGUAGUCUCCUCAUCAACUACAGAGCAACCAGCAACGCCCACAUCCUCAGCUGUAGAAGGUGCAGCUCCCACGGUCUCAGAUCUCCAAACCGAGUCGAAACCAACAGCAACGCGAUCGACAGAUUCUGCAUCCACUACAACCAGCGAGUACGAACCAUCAUCCGACGAAGAUGAUGAUGAUGAUGUGGAGGUGGUGGACGUGACGCCGCCAACUCGCAACAAGAAGCGCAAGGCAGUGACGGUGGACUUGUCCGAGUCAACGCCAUUGGUGAGGAGGAAAACUCUCCAAGAAAACACGCAGACUGUACGGAACCAAUUGGCAAUCGAGUUGCGAAAUAUACGAGCAAUCCAGAUUUCUCGAUAUACUGUAGCGGAGCACAAGGAACUGUCGAGUUUUGUCAAGAGCAUAUUCACGGCGGUGGAUAAUUUCCACGAUUGGCAACCGCGGGAUGACCCGAUGCUAGCACAGUUGCUGGACGAGAUGAACAAACGAAUGGAUAGCUUCAAGGACAGCAGUACGCAAAACGCGAGAAGGAAGGCGAUGGACGAAUGGCUGCAAACGAUGACAGCAUCUUCGUUCGUCCCAAGCCUCGAUCUUAAGUCCAUACCACUGAAAAAAGACCCACGCGCUGCUAGCGUGGAAAAAUGCCAUGGUUCACAAGAUCUUAGCGCGCUAGUUAAGUCUGGAACUAAGAUUUGUAGCAAAUUGCGGACUGAUACGUCGAGCAACGAGGAAAAGAAACAAAAGUACUUCCAGCCUCUUGUCGACGCGAGCACGAAGUACUUCGCUUCAGUUUUGGCAAUGGAAAAGCAGGAGAUUCAGGCUAACGGGGCUUCUAGGUACAACGAUAGCCUCCGCAUGCUAUGCAAAUUGGCUGGCGGCACUAGUAUCAGCCGCAAGGAAUGCGCACAGCUUGAGGAACUGCUUUAUCAUGUUCGCUUGGUGAUGCCAAAGAACAAAAGCUUUCGGAAAAAAGCGGUAAAGCUUGUCUUCGAUCUUCUUGCGCUUUUCCCGCCCUCAGCGCGACCAACGUUCAACUAUCCAGCAAGCGAGCCUAAGAGUAAGAAGAGGAAAAAGAAUAAGAAAGGAUCAAGCUAAGUCAGUUUCUUCCAGGUCAAGCGAACAUUUGUCAGAAAGUUUGCCGACACAAAAGCUGGUUUUCUUUAUCAAGUUGGUGCGAAUGUGCGUGCCUUCACGUGAUCUGGUUUCGUCUUUCCUCUAUGGCACUUGCAGAAGUUGCGAUUUCAAAUUAAAGGCGGCCUGCUGCUCCGACGCUUCCUCGCUUGCUAACAGUGUCUGCACGGCUUCCAGCACGCGCUCUCGCUGUACAACCAGUCUCAACGCCACGUCCGAGUCACUCUGUGCUCGUUU